AGAAGUACAAGUGUGUACAAAGUACAUACUGUAUACCUUUGUGAAAUGAUUAAUUAAAAACAUUACUUUCUCUCUUUCUCGGUUUUCCCCUCUGAAGAAGACGGCAAUGACAUCAGAGACUGCAGCACGCAGUCGGAGAGUCUGCGUGUGGACGCCCCUGGCUCCUCCCACAUGUCAAGUCACAGCGGGGAGCUGCGCAUCCUGAGCGUUUACGGACAAGGGGAGGGCCCACUGGCGGUGGACGGCCAUGACACCCUCUUUGUCGCGUCAGAACUGGAGGCCUUGAGCUCGCUGUCCACAGGCCACAGCGUGGCCAAGAGCCUGAACUGCAGCGUGCGGCUCGUCCGCCUUGAGGAGCUGACUGGGCAUCAGGGCGGCCGCAAGGACCGGCCCGGUGUCUUGUGUGGAAAGGUUAUUCCCAACAAUGCCAAUAUGAUCGUCCACAUGAUGCCUCACUCUGAGGAGAAGCCCUACAAGUGUGACCAAUGCCCAAAGCGUUUCAGUCAUAGCUCCGCCCUGAAUAUCCACAUGAGGACUCACUCCGGGGUGAAGUCCCACAAGUGUGACCAAUGCACGAAGAGCUUCAGUCAGAAAAGCUACCUGAAGAUCCACAUGAGAACUCACUCCGGCGAGAAGCCCUACAAGUGUGACCAAUGCAUGAAGUGCUUCAGUCAUAGCUCCACCCUGAAUUUCCACAUGUCGACGCACACCGGCGAGAAGACCUACAGGUGUGACCAAUGCCCGAAGUGCUUCAGUCAUGCCAGUCUCCUGAAGUUCCACAUGUCGCUUCACUCUGCGGAGAGGCCCUACAGGUGUGACCAAUGCCCGAAGCGCUACCGACGGAAAUGCGACCUGAAGAUCCACCUGAGGACUCACUCCGGUGAGAAGCCCUACAAGUGUGACCAAUGCAUGAAGUGCUUCAUUCAGAAAGGCCCCCUGAUGAGCCACAUGAAUACUCACUCCGGUGAGAAGCCCUACAAGUGUGACCAAUGCACGAAGUGCUUCACUCUGAAUGCCCUCCUGAAGCACCACAUGAGUACUCACUCCCUUGAGAUGCCCUACAAGUGUGACCAAUGCAUGAAGUGCUUCAAGCGGACAGGCGACCUGAAGAUCCACAUGAAGACUCACUCCGGGGAGAAGCGCCACAUGAGGACUCACUCCGGGGAGAAGCCCUACAAGUGUGACCAAUGCACGAAGUGCUUCUGUCGGAAAGGCCCCCUGAAGCGCCACAUGAUGACUCACUCUGGGGAGAAGCCCUACAAGUGUGACCAAUGCACGAAGUGCUUCUGUUGGAAAGGCCUCCUGAAUAUCCACAUGAGGACUCACUCUAGGGAGAAGACCUACAGGUGUGACCAAUGCACGGAGCUCUUCCAACGGAAAUGCGACCUGAAGAUCCACCUGAGGACUCACUCCGUUAAGAAGCCCGUUAAGAAGCCCUACAAGUGUGACCAUUGCAUGAAGUUCUUCAGUCAGAGAGGCACGAUGAUUAUCCACAUGAGGAGUCACUCCGAGGAAUAUCCCUACAGGUGUGACCAAUGCCCGAUGCGCUUCACUCAAGGUUGCUUCCUGAAGGACCACAUGUUGACUCACACCGGCAAUAAGCCCUGCGUGUGUCUGGAGUGCAACGCCAGCUACAGCGACCCAAGCAGUUUGCGUUUGCACUUGCUCAAAGCACACUUUGACGCAAGUCGUAGCGAGGAACUGCUGUUCCCCUCUGAAGAAGACGGCAAUGACAUCAGAGACUGCAGCACGCAGUCGGAGAGUCUGCGUGUGGACGCCCCUGGCUCCUCCCACAUGUCAAGUCACAGCGGGGAGCUGCGCAUCCUGAGCGUUUACGGACAAGGGGAGGGCCCACUGGCGGUGGACGGCCAUGACACCCUCUUUGUCGCGUCAGAACUGGAGGCCUUGAGCUCGCUGUCCACAGGCCACAGCGUGGCCAAGAGCCUGAACUGCAGCGUGCGGCUCGUCCGCCUUGAGGAGCUGACUGGGCAUCAGGGCGGCCGCAAGGACCGGCCCGGUGUCUUGUGUGGAAAGGUUAUUCCCAACAAUGCCAAUAUGAUCGUCCACAUGAUGCCUCACUCUGAGGAGAAGCCCUACAAGUGUGACCAAUGCCCAAAGCGUUUCAGUCAUAGCUCCGCCCUGAAUAUCCACAUGAGGACUCACUCCGGGGUGAAGUCCCACAAGUGUGACCAAUGCACGAAGAGCUUCAGUCAGAAAAGCUACCUGAAGAUCCACAUGAGAACUCACUCCGGCGAGAAGCCCUACAAGUGUGACCAAUGCAUGAAGUGCUUCAGUCAUAGCUCCACCCUGAAUUUCCACAUGUCGACGCACACCGGCGAGAAGACCUACAGGUGUGACCAAUGCCCGAAGUGCUUCAGUCAUGCCAGUCUCCUGAAGUUCCACAUGUCGCUUCACUCUGCGGAGAGGCCCUACAGGUGUGACCAAUGCCCGAAGCGCUACCGACGGAAAUGCGACCUGAAGAUCCACCUGAGGACUCACUCCGGUGAGAAGCCCUACAAGUGUGACCAAUGCAUGAAGUGCUUCAUUCAGAAAGGCCCCCUGAUGAGCCACAUGAAUACUCACUCCGGUGAGAAGCCCUACAAGUGUGACCAAUGCACGAAGUGCUUCACUCUGAAUGCCCUCCUGAAGCACCACAUGAGUACUCACUCCCUUGAGAUGCCCUACAAGUGUGACCAAUGCAUGAAGUGCUUCAAGCGGACAGGCGACCUGAAGAUCCACAUGAAGACUCACUCCGGGGAGAAGCGCCACAUGAGGACUCACUCCGGGGAGAAGCCCUACAAGUGUGACCAAUGCACGAAGUGCUUCUGUCGGAAAGGCCCCCUGAAGCGCCACAUGAUGACUCACUCUGGGGAGAAGCCCUACAAGUGUGACCAAUGCACGAAGUGCUUCUGUUGGAAAGGCCUCCUGAAUAUCCACAUGAGGACUCACUCUAGGGAGAAGACCUACAGGUGUGACCAAUGCACGGAGCUCUUCCAACGGAAAUGCGACCUGAAGAUCCACCUGAGGACUCACUCCGUUAAGAAGCCCGUUAAGAAGCCCUACAAGUGUGACCAUUGCAUGAAGUUCUUCAGUCAGAGAGGCACGAUGAUUAUCCACAUGAGGAGUCACUCCGAGGAAUAUCCCUACAGGUGUGACCAAUGCCCGAUGCGCUUCACUCAAGGUUGCUUCCUGAAGGACCACAUGUUGACUCACACCGGCAAUAAGCCCUGCGUGUGUCUGGAGUGCAACGCCAGCUACAGCGACCCAAGCAGUUUGCGUUUGCACUUGCUCAAAGCACACUUUGACGCAAGGUAACGGGACGCUUUGAUUGAGACCUCUGUCUGGUAUUGGUUUAAAUGACUGCUUUUAGUUUUUCUUUUGAUCACGAUUAAACGCUUUCUUCUCUUGA